AUGGCGUCCUCAGCAAAGCAUUUUAUCAACGACCCGACGGUGCUCGUCAACACGGCGCUCCGGGCGAUCACUUACACGAACCCAGCGGUAGCGUUAGACGAGGAGCACAAGAUCAUUUAUCGUCUCGGCAGCAAGGCGAACGGCAAGGCGACGGUGUCGGUGGUGUCGGGCGGCGGCUCGGGGCACGAGCCCAGCUUUGCGUCGAUGGUGGGCGCGGGCCUGCUGACGGCAGCAGUGGCGGGCACGAUUUUUGCGUCACCGUCGACAGAGCAGGUGCGCACAGCAGUAGCGGAACGGGUGCCGGGCGAGGCAGGCGUGUUAGUGACGGUGAUGAAUUACACGGGCGACGUGCUGAAUUUCGGGGUGGCAGUGGAGAAGGCGCGGGCAGCAGGUGUGGCGGUCGAGAUGGUGGUGGUAGGUGACGAUGUGGGCGUGGGCCGAGCCAAGGCCGGCAAGGUUGGGCGCCGCGGCAUCGCGGGCACAGUUCUGGUGCACAAGGUGUCUGGAGCGGCAGCAGCGCGCGGGCUGGACCUGACGACGGUGGCACGGCUGGCACGGCUGGCGGCGACGAAUCUCGUCAGCGUGGGGGCCAGUCUGGAGCACGUUCAUGUGCCGGGACGCGAGCCACCGAACGCGGCCGAGGGGUUGACGGCUACCGAAGUCGAGAUCGGCAUGGGCAUCCACAACGAGCCAGGUUCGGGACGGGCGAGCGGUCUAGCGCUGCCAGCACUGGUGGGCACGCUGCUGCGGCAGCUGCUGGACACGGACGACGCAGACCGCGCGUUUCUGUCGUUGCCUGCCGGGUCGACGGACGUCGUGUUGAUGGUCAACAAUCUCGGCGGCGUCAGCGUGCUGGAACUUGGCGGGAUCACAGCCGAGGUGGUGCGCCAGCUGGCGGCCAACUGGCAGAUCCGACCAGUUCGAGUGCUCAGCGGCACCUACAUGACCAGCCUCAACGGUCUCGGCUUCAGCAUCAGCCUGCUCCACGCCGGCGUCGACACCGGCCUAGGUCCAGACGGGCCCUCGCUGCUGCAGCUGCUCGACGAUCCGGCCGAGGUCACCGGCUGGGCCACGUCCAUCUCGGCAGCCACCUGGAAUGCAACCUGGGACGAUGCGAUGACCUCUGCCAACAAAGCCACAGCUCCAGCCACUUCAGCCACCACAGCCACAGCCACAGCCAAGUCCGGCCUGUACGCUGACCCGGCCAUGGUCCGCACCGUACUGGAACGCGGGCUGCAGCGCGUUGUGGCGGCCGAACCCGAGAUCACGCACUACGACACCAUUGUGGGCGACGGUGACUGCGGCACGGGCAUGAAGCGUGGCGCCGAAGCCGUGCUGCAGCACCUCGCGACCGGCUCAGCGCUCACUGGCGACGUGGUGGCCGAUGUGGCCGGCAUCGUGCCCGUGGUCGAGGGCUCAAUGGACGGUACGUCGGGCGCGCUCUACGCCAUCUUCCUCAACGCACUGGUACACGCACUGCGCCAACAAGCUUCUGGUGGACAGAAGGGUCAUGUGAACUGGGCCGCGGCCCUACGACAGAGCUGCGACGCCCUCUCGCGCUACACGCCGGCACGGCCGGGCGACCGCACGCUCGUGGACGCUCUGUACCCCUUUGUGGCCGCGCUGGAAAAGACGGGCGGCGACGUCGGUGCGGCCGCUGCAGCUGCUCGCGCCGGCGCUGAGAGCACAAAAGGCAUGCAGGCGAGCCUGGGUCGCACAGUGUAUGUUGGAGGCAGCGGGUUCGAAAAGGUGCCAGAUCCGGGGGCGUGGGGGCUGGCCUGUUUCUUUGGCGGGCUGUCUGGAUAG